AUGGCUCCAUUUGAGGCUUUAUACAGAAGGCGAUGUAGAUCACCCAUAGGUUGGUUUGAAGUGGGUAAAGCCGUUGUGAGUGGACCUGAUGCUGUGUUUGAAGCUAUGGAGAAAUAUAAACUGAUUCAAGAAAGGUUAAAGAUAGCCCAAAGUCUUCAUAAGUCAUAUGCAGAUGUGAGAAAAAGAGCUCUUGUGUUUGAGGUUAACGAUUUGGUGUACUUGAAUAUUUCACUCGUGAAGAGGGUAGAAAUAUUUGCUAUCCAUCCUGUCUUUCACGUUUCUAUGUUCAAAAAGCACAUUGGUGAUUCUGUUGUUGUUGAUCCGUCAGAAAAUUUUAAUGUUCAGGAUAGCCUUUUGUAUGAUAAAUUUUUGGUUGAAAUCCUGGAUUAUUAA